AAGUUAGUGGGUAAAUAUGGUCAUGAGCAGUGCUACAUAGCAAAGCUGUAAUGGAUUUUCCUUCUUUAUUUAAUCUUUUGACUUAAUACUUUCCAAGUCCAAAAAGUUACAACUGCUACAGGAGCUGACUCCAGGAUGGCUUGGAUUUUUCAAACCUUCCUUUUAAUUGUGUCAUUUUCUUCAGCCUGUGGUGAAUGUGUGUCUCAGGUCUAUGAAAAUACAUAUUUCCGAGGAGGUGACAUUGCUAAGGUUUUUACCCCGAAUGCAGACUACUGCCAAAUAGUGUGCACAUAUCACCCAAGAUGUCUAUUGUUCAGCUACAUGCCAGGAAACUGGACAGAAAAUGCUGCAUACAGGUUCACAUGCCUCCUGAAAGACCAUGAUAAUCAAAUGUUGCCAAAAAUACCUCUGGAAGGAGUCAUCUCAGGACAUUCCCUGAAACAGUGCCCUCAAGUCACUGCGUGCAGCAAGGAACUCUAUGAAGGACUGGAUAUGCAAGGGGGAACAACUUACAACGUAACCAUUGAAGACAGUUAUCAGCGUUGUCAAAGAAAGUGCACCAAUGAGAUUCACUGCCAGUUUUUCACAUAUGUCUCGCCGUUAAAUCAAGCUGCAGGCCUUCGCAAAAAAUGUUUCCUGAAGUAUAGCACCACAGGAACACCAGCCCAGAUAAAAGUGCUUAGCAAUGUUGUAUCAGGAUUCUCAUUAAAACCUUGUCAACUUGCUGAAACAGACUGCCAGCUGGAUAUUUUUCAACAUCAACAGUCUUCUGGAACUUCCGUUGCAAAGGUUUCUGCCCCUGAUGCCUUUGUAUGUAGAACAAUUUGUACAUACCAACCCAACUGUGUAUUUUUUACCUUUUAUAGCGGUGAAUGGCAGGCAAAAAGCCAAAGGUACACUUGUCUUAUGAUGACAUCACAAAGUGGACUACCAGAUGCUUUUGUAGAGGCAAAAGAUGCUUUGUCUGGCUUCACUCUCCUAAACUGCCGAAAAAGUAUACCUGCUUGCCACUCUCAGAUUUAUCCAGAUUUGAACUUUCUGGGGAUGGACCUGAAUAUGGAGUAUGUCAAUGGGUCCAAGGCAUGUCAACAGCUUUGUACGGACACUGUCCGCUGUCAGUUUUUUACCUAUUCUCCAAACCAAGCUUCAUGUAACAGAGAAGGUAAAUGCAAAUGCCACUUAAGAAUGUCUACCAGUGGGUCUCCACACAGAAUACUCUCAGAGAAUGAAAAGAUUUCUGGGUACUCUUUAAGACUUUGUCAAGUGAAAGAGAGCCCUGUGUGUGUGCAGAAACCUAUACUGGACUCGAGGGUUGUUGGAGGAACAAAUUCUACUCUUGGAGAAUGGCCUUGGCAAGUCAGUUUGCAUUUGAAGCUGUCAGCCAAGAAGCAUCAUUGUGGCGGUUCAAUUAUCAGUGACCAAUGGAUAUUGACUGCUGCUCAUUGUACAGAAGACCUUCUGAUACCUGAUGUUUGGCGGGUCUAUACUGGAAUUCUGAAACAGUCAGAGAUAAAUGAAGAUACCCCCUUCUUUAAAGUGCAAGAGAUUAUUGUUCACCCUGAGUAUGAGAGUUCAGAGGAAGGAUAUGACAUCGCUUUAAUGAAACUUGAUAAACCCAUGAAUUUCAGUGAUUUACAGCAACCUCUCUGCCUGCCAGCCAAUAAAGACACAAAGGAGAACACAGGAUAUACCAAUUGUUGGGUAACUGGAUGGGGUUAUACAACCGAGAGAGGUGAAUUACAAGAUGUUCUACAAAAGGUCAAUAUUCCUCUAAUAACAAAUGCAGAAUGUCAGUUGCGAUACCGAGAUUUCAGAAUACAUAGCAAGAUGGUGUGUGCUGGCUACAGAGAAGGUGGAAAGGAUGCUUGUAAGGGAGAUUCAGGUGGACCUCUGCAAUGUAAAUACAAGGAAGCCUGGUAUCUAGUUGGUAUCACCAGCUGGGGUGAAGGAUGUGCCCGUCCAGAACACCCAGGAGUUUACACCAAUGUGGCCGAGUUUGUAGAGUGGAUCCUAGAAAAAACUUCAUAGAAAAAGGGCUAUUCAGUGAUAUAAUAGUGCCAUGAUGUCAUAGAAACAUCUGAUUCUGAAAUUCUCUGAGAAAGAUGUUAGAGGAUUUGUAAAACUGUUUCCCUUUGACAGUUUAGUGAAAAAGGAAACCAGCUUGGCAAACUACCACAGUCUCCAGUCACACAUCCUGCAGAGGGGCUUAUUUCCAAAUAACUACCAUUAACUGAUUGCAGAAUUAGGCUGAACUAAACUUAUUGAAGUCCAAGGCGGCUUUAACUGCACAGGACAUUGUAAGUCUAAAAUUACGACAGGAAAAUUGUUACACUUUGGAAUAAAGAACUGAUUGAAUUACAAA